AUGAUAGGUUCCAUACUUUUAGCAGAUCCCCUCGAGGCAUCUCCAGUAGCUGUUAUUGGUGGCCAAAUUUGUCAAGUAGAGAUUGAUGGGUGUUUGCUGUUGUACGCCUUAAUUGGGACUCCUUGCUCUAGGAUUGCACCAGAAGAUGAGUUGAGGAGGCAAGAAUAUGCGAAACCUUUGAAGUUGUUUAUGUUUGAUACAGAGGUAGCGGAUUUUGACCAAUUUGAACCAGUUGUAAAACCGAAGGAGUUCUUGGAAAAGACAGCGCCGACUGAAGGUAAUGGGGAAAAGAGUAACAAAGUAGAUGUUUUUAGCAUGGAUUUUGAUAAAAUGAUAAUUUUAUUGUGUCACAUUAAAAAGAUUUAUUCACAAGUGCUAAUAUACUGGUUGCACUUUUAUACACUUCCUCCUAGGUUUAACGCUACUAAAAUUUUAUUCAUAGAAACAUCAUUAUUGGAUGCAGCAUUUCAGUUGCCCUAUUAUCUCAUUCCUGUGCUUCUGCAGUCCGAUGUUAUAUUGCAUGUACGUUCCAAACCAAACUUAUUUUUGGGUCUUGUUUUAGAUUUAGGCAAGCCUGAUUUAUUACUAAAUGUAUCGCAGGAUGGCCUUAUUUAUUCUUAA